UGCGCUCCUUCAACUCAUACCGUGAACUUCAAUUCCAUCGUCACCAUGGUUCAGUUCACACAGGCUUUCGCUGCUGCGCUUCUGGCCACCAGUGCUGUUGCUCAUCCUGGCGGUAACGUCAACAAAGAAAUCCUCCGCCGUCAAGCUCAUCUCGAUCACCCCGAGCGCCGUAGUGUACAAUCCUGCAAGAGAGACUUGGUUAGCUCUGGAUGGGUCAGGGAACAACACAUUAGGCGUGAAGCUCGACUUCACGAGCUUCGCGUCGCUGCUGGGUUUGCUAAGCCUGGCGAUCUUGUCCGUCGCAAUGUAGCCGACGUUGAAGAGGAAUAUGGCGCCAAUGCUGCUUGCACCUUGGACCCUGAAGCUACGGAAGGCCCUUACUGGGUAACUGGCGAACUCAUCCGUCAAGACGUUCUGAACGGCGAGAAGGGCGCCAUCACGCAUCUUGACAUCAACGUCAUUGACACCUCCGGCUGCAAGCCAGUCACUGACGCUUUUGUUGAACUUUGGGGUACCAACGCCACGGGUGUCUACACUGGCGUUCAAGCCAAAGGCAACGGUGAUGGCUCUGCUUCAUCCCUUCCCAGCAACGCUCUCCGAGGUAUUCAGGCUACCGGCGCCAACGGGACCGCAAGCUUCAUUACUUUGAUCCCCGGUCAUUAUGUUGGUCGCACCAACCACCUUCACACCAUCAUCCACCAUGGCGCGAAGAAGCUCGAAAACAACACCAUCCAAGGCGGAACCAUCUCCCACGUUGGCCAAUUCUACGUGGAGCAGAACUUCCUCGGCCAGGUCGAAAAGACUUCCCCCUACAGCACCAACCACCAGGCAGUCACCACGAACGCCCAAGAUAUGUUGUACAACAUGGCCAAACAAGGCGGCGACGACCCUAACCUGAAGAUCUCCCUCAUCGGCAACAAGAUUGAGGAUGGCCUUUACGCAACCAUUGAUGUCGGCGUCAACCCUAGGGCCCGACAGAACCCGCAACCAGUCAACAUGUGGACGAAGGAUGGCGGUAAGCCAGUUCCCGGAAGCCCGUGGGCUGGAUACCCCGACACCUGCCUCUACUGCGGAUUCCGUCCCCCAGGUGUCAUCAGACGCGCCUUUGGAUUCGAGUAA